AUGGCGGCUCCCGGCGGCUGUGCGGCAUGGCUGUGUGGAGCCGGCGGAGGCUGCUGGAGGGCACCAGCAUCGGCGAUGGCAGGACCGCGCCCUACGGUAGGUGCCGAGGUGGAUAGUGCUGCGGCGGUGGUGGUCAAGUGGUGGUUGGCAGCACUGGGGCAACGGUGGCCGAGCAGGCAACAUGGUAUGCUGUGUGCCCGUGUGAUUGCGGAGGUCUUUAGGGGCGUUUUGCAGGGGUUGGCGGUAUUUGGUAUGGCAGCGAUUCGCGAGGAUCGGCACCACGGUGACUUGCUGGCCUGUUUGCCGUGGCAGCGACAUCCAGAUAGUGGCGGCUCCUGUGGACUUGUCACGGCGAUUGGCGUCGAUUUGCGACGUCCAGCUCGGCAUGCUACCUCUGUGGAUUUUCUGUGA